AAGCUACAUGUGAAGACUAUUACUGUUGCCUUCCACAAUCAGCCAUUCAGCCCUCCCCCUGUCCAAGUGGCGUUAAUAACCACGCACAGAGAGGCAGCUACGGAGCAGAUGAAGAUGAAUCCAUGGACCCUCUCUGUGCUCCUGCUGCUAGCUGGGCCGCUGGGGGCGGACCCUGGCUGGCACGUGGAGUACCCUGAGUCCUUCUGCGUCGUGGAGGGCUCCAUCGCCACCAUCCCCUGCAGCUUCACCCACCCCAAGGUGCACGAAAAGACCGGCGUGGUGGUGGAGCGGGUGGAGCGGGUGGUCUGGUGCCCCGAUCACAAGAUCUGCCACCUCACCACGCCCAACGUGUACGACAGCAAGGGCCUGAACAACAGCAGGUUCCAGUACCUGGGGGACCGCGUCGGGAACUGCACCUUAAAUAUCAUCAAAACGGUGAAACAGGACGCUGCAACGUACCGCUUCCGCUUUGAGACCAACGGCGGAGGGUACACCGGACCGAAAGGAGUCGGAGUCACUGUCACUGUUGUAAAGAACGUCCGUCUCACUGUGUCUUCAACCGAUGGAGAGGAUGUGAAGGUCAGAAGCUCCGUCACUGACCAUGUGGUGAAAGAGGGCGGUCAGGUCACACUCACCUGUACCUCAGCCUGCUCCUUCAACCAAUUGGACGUCCACUGGUCCAGAAAUGGCCACGCCCUAUCAGAGACGGGCCCCGCCCUCCACCUCAGCUGUCUGACCAAUGACGACACAGGGAAUUACACCUGCUCUCUGGACUCCAGCAGACAGAAAACCUCUGUGCCUUGGAGUCUGGUCGUGGUGGAAGAUGAUGAAGGUGAGCCCCUCUGUGUUCACUAAUGUCAUGAGGGUGGU